AUUUUGCUUCGUGUUUUAGUAAUGUCAUAUUACUAAUGUUUUAAAAGUAAUCAUUUUUCAUCAGAUUUUAUGUUAAAUUUUAGCAAAACAAUGGCGUCAGCGGUUUCGGAAAAAGUCAAAGAAAAACGCAACAGAGUGUUACUUGGCACAUUACCCGAGGAUUUUUUACGUAUCAAUGUAUCUGCCCAGCAACAACAGGAGGCGGCAGACAGACAGGCAGCAAUUGCUUUGCACCAGCACUAUUUAGGUGCCCAAUCAUAUGUAACGAAUACACUGGGCAGAUUGAGCAUCACAAUUGUUCAAGCCAAAUUGGCCAAGAAUUAUGGCAUGACCAGAAUGGACCCGUAUGCGAGAAUCCGCGUUGGACACUUUGUCAGUGAGACACCAACAGAUUCUAAUGGAGGCAAAAAUCCUCGAUGGAAUAAAGUCAUACAUAGUUUAUUGCCACAUGGGAUAAACACUAUCUCUGUUGAGAUUUAUGAUGAGAGGUCAUUUACAAUGGAUGAAUUGAUUGCAUGGACCACAAUUACCAUUCCACAGCCUGUUUUGGCUGGUGAUGCACAUGAAGAUUGGUAUCCACUGAAUGGAAAACUGGGAGAAGGUGUUGAAGGAAUGGUCAAUCUGGUUCUUAGCUAUUCUCAGGCUGCCCCACAAUAUGUACCAGCACCACCAAUGGUAAUAGUACCAAGAGUAGAUAGUUCAAAUCCAAAGCAGCUGAAAGUGUACACCCAGCCAACAGCAGCUGUACCACCAAUUCCAGUUUUGAGUGAAUCUGAAUUGAAACAGAUUGAGGAAAUGUUUCCUAAUAUUGAUAAGGAAGUUAUAAAAACCGUUUUUGAGGCAAAUAGAGGCAACAAGGAUGGUACUAUUAAUUCCUUGUUGCAAAUGUCUGAUUAAAUGUGUUAAGGUUGCUGAAUCUCAAUGUUUAGGUUAAGAUCAAAAGUUAGUCAUUAUUUAAGAUACAUGUAUGCCAUAUUGUUAUAGCUUGCUAUUGGUAUUUUAUUGAAAUCAGGGCUCAGCUAUUGUUAGUCUCGCUAAACUUCAAUUAAAGCUCACCAUUUUUUGUUAAGUUUGAUUGUUUUAGUUUAAAUCAAGUGCCAAAAUUAUUAAUGAAUUGUUUUAAAUUAUUGUACUAUUGUAUUGUAUUAUAUAAAACAUAAAUUGUAUUAAAUGGUGUAUUAUACUAUAAAUGGAAUUUAAAUGUA